AUGGCAUCAGGCGUGCUACACAAAUUCCUCCACCUAACCAAUUUCCGGAGCCCUUUCCUUCGCACGGCAGUGCCUAGCGUCGCAGCGGCCUUCGCCUUGCAGACAGCCGUAGCUAUCCCGUCGAUUGCCGCCCAAAGCGAGCGUUUCUACGAUGUUUCCGGCUCCGCGACGUUCCUGACUGUUACUCUGCUGAGCUUGUACCUUCCUAGCCUUCGUGCCCGCGCCGCUGCAUCGCUGGCCGGUGGUGCACCGAAGCCGCCGUUGCCGAGUCUGUUGGGUCCGUUUGCGGCGGGCGCGGGCUUCCAUUGGCGACAGGUGGCGCUGAGCGCUGCGGUGGUCUUUUGGUCCGUUAGGUUGGGCACAUACCUCUUCCGCCGCGUCCUCCACCAAGGCCACGACUCCCGCUUCGACACGCUCCGGGGGUCGCCGGGGAAGUUCGCAGGCGCCUGGUUUGGCCAAGCGACGUGGGUGUCGCUGUGUCUAGCACCCGUGUUAGCCGUCAACGCGGUCCCGGCCGCGGCGCUCGCCGCCGUGCCGCUACGGAUAACCGAUAUUUUGGGCCUGUCGCUAUUCGUCGGUGGAUUCGCGCUCGAGAUCAUCGCUGAUCGGCAGAAGGGCGAGUGGCUGCGCCGUCGUAAGGAGAAGCUGCAUGAUGAGCCGUUCAUGACGAAGGGUUUGUGGAGUCGGAGCCAGUACCCUAAUUACUUGGGUGAGUGUACGUUGUGGACGGGUAUAGCUACCACAGCCGCCGGUGUCUUGGUAGCACGUCCGGUUCAGAUUGGACUUGGGUUUCCGGGUGGCUUGUUGGGCAAGCUCCUGGUCUUGGCAGCGUCGUUUGUUAGCCCGGCAUUCGUAACCUUUUUGCUAUUAAAAGUGACGGGCGUGCCGUUGAGUGAGAAGAAGUAUGAUGCCAAGUAUGGUCAUCGCAAAGAUUAUCAGGAGUGGAAGCGAAAUACACCCAAAUUCUUCCCUAAGUUAUACUAG